CAUCUUCCCGAGCCAAACGAAGUCAGAGAACACCGGAGAAGCCGCUUAUCGGAAGGGAGAUCCUGGACCGCCAUGGAAGCCGUAGUUCGAAAUCCCGGCGCGCCAUCACUUCCUUCCAUCGCCGCCUUCAAAUCCAGGCGCUUCCGCCACCGGUCCUCCGUUCGCGUCCGUCUCCCGGCUGCCGGCAGAAGGAGUCGGUUGUCGUUCGCCGUCAAAGCCAUUCAGAGUUGCGCUGCAUUGGAGGAAUUGGAUCCUUUCGAGUUGAAGCUGAAGAAUCCGGCAAUCUCGACUUCAUAUCGGGAUUCCAGUUUUCCCAAGCCGAAUCAGACCGUUUUGGAUGCUCAGGCUAAGGUCUGCACCGGCCCGACCCAGACCAGACCUCUCAACGAAGAGCAAGCGUUCAAAGUCUUACAAACCAUUCUGAAAUCUGCUAAGGGAGAGCUGAAAGAUGAAGAGACAGUGUCAAAAGCACAACUCGGGGCGUUCUUUGCUGGAAUGACUAUCAGAGCAAAUGCAUUUCCAGAGGCAACACAAUGGAGUGAUGGGGAAAGGCGAGCUAUGGAUGUUUUUUGGCCCGAGUUGGUUCGUGUUCUCCCUCCAGACAUAAUUUUUAUAGCUGAUCCGGAAGGCUCCUUGAUGGGGAUCGGAAGCUCCAUAGGCCCUCAGUUUGUUGGGAAUAACACCUCUGAGAUGCGACUUGUGGGUGCCUUGAGAGAAGUUUUGGCUGGAGGUCAUCUUGGAUAUGAGGAGGUUCAGGGUGUUCUAAAAGAUGUUAUUCCACAACGAUUAGAAGAUGGCACAUUGUCUGGUGUGAGUGAGACGUUGCUUUCAGCAUUUCUGAUAGGACAACGUAUGAACAGGGAGUCUGAUCGUGAGCUUAAAGCAUAUUGUCUUGCAUUUGAUGAUGAACUAGGCCCUGUGCCAGUUGCUGAUGUUAAAUCAUUGACCCAUUAUGGUGAACCUUAUGAUGGAAACACCCGAUACUUCAGAAGCACUUUAUUUGUUGCUGCUGUUAGAUCCUGCUAUGGUGAAUCUUGCUUGCUUCAUGGUGUGGAUUGGAUGCCACCAAAGGGAGGUGUCACCGAAGAGCAAAUGUUAAACUUCAUGGGUGCAUAUACACAGUUAUCACCACUUCAAGCUAAAAAGAUUCUAGAGGAUGAAGAGAUUGGAUUUGCUUAUGUCAGUCAGCGUGAGGCUCACCCAUCUUUAUAUUCUUUGGUUGGGCUGAGGGAGCAUAUAAAGAAGCGUCCACCAUUGGCAACUGCAGAAAAGGUUCAACAAUUAGUAAGGGCACGAGGGAAGGAAGCAAUUGUUGCAGGCUUCUAUCAUGAUGGUUUUGAAGAGCCACUUUUAAUGCUUAUGAGGAGGAGAGGUGUUCAUUCUGGUUUGGUGGUGAAAGGCGAGGAAGGUGCACUUUCCAUGACCACCAAAUCACGAUCAAUGAAUGCAUCGAAAGGCCUGCCAGUAAAUUACUGUUCUGGAUAUCGUUCAGUAAAUACAACACCUGCUAAUGCAGCAGAUGGCGUGUCACGUGAGAGCUUUAACUGUGUGGUGAAUGCAGAGGAUUACGGCUUUGCACCCACUGACACUCCCAGAACAGAUAGAUCGGUUGCAAGGAAUAUAGAAUUGGGUUUAGCUGCCUUGCGCGGAGAGAAAGGUCCAGCAUAUGAUCGGAUUGUCUUAAAUGCUGGAAUUGCUGACCAUUUCCUAGGAUGCGAGGGCGCGGAAGAUGUGUCCACGGCCCUGGACCGAGCCAGAGAGGCCAUAGACAGUGGUAAUGCCCUAAAGAGACUCUUGACCUACAUACAGAUAUCUCAUAGGGUACGAUGAAAGUGGUCACUAAGUAUUCACUUUUUGCACUCUUUUUGUUCCAACAACCACAAGAACCCACUUGAAACCCACCAGAUUUGGGUCUGGAGAGGGUGUGUGUACGCAGACCUUUUUGUCCCGAAAGUAUAUAAAACUUCAAUAAACAGAGUCACACACUACAUGAAAAAUGAGAUUGUCCGGGUCAUUGUUACACGAGAUGUGUGUUGUUCGGGACAUUACACAUCGGAUUUUUCUUUACCCAGUAACAUAACCGUUCUCUUAUCGUGGAUUUGGUAUAUGUUGAUGAGCAUGCGGUUUGUGAACAUGGAUACAUUCGUUCUUAUACAAAUAGGCACAAAAAAUGACACCAAUGUUU